AUGCAGCUCAAGAUGGCGAGCGAAAGUGUUCGGAUGCCACUCACACGCGGGGAACUUACUGGCCUAGUGUUUCGACUGUCCCUUUUCGGUGCUUUAACGUACUUUGGUAUAAAGUGGAUGGUUAAUGCUAUAGACCCGACGCGUAAGCAGAAGAUUGAGUCCAAGAAAAGAGCAGAUAGGAUACUGAAAAAAAUAGGCAUACAGAAUGUCAAUUUGACAGAAUAUGAGCUGUCAAUUGCAGCUCAGCUAAUUGAUCCUCGAGACAUCAGUAUAUCGUGGGAUAGCAUUGCUGGCUUGGAGGAGAUCACUCAGGAGCUCAGGGAAACAGUCAUACUUCCCAUUCAGAAGAGGCACCUCUUCACUGGCUCACAACUGAUCCAGCCACCAAAGGGAGUGCUGCUUCAUGGCCCACCUGGCUGUGGUAAAACCAUGAUCGCAAAAGCGACAGCACGAGAAGCUGGAGCCCGCUUCAUCAAUUUGGAGGUUGCAGCGCUUACUGACAAAUGGUACGGAGAAUCUCAAAAGCUUGCCAGUGCUGUCUUUACGUUGGCAGUGAAGAUUCAACCUUGCAUCAUAUUUAUUGACGAGAUUGACUCAUUCCUGCGGUCUCGUGAUAGUCAAGACCACGAGGCAACAGCUAUGAUGAAGGCACAGUUCAUGUGUCUCUGGGAUGGCCUCAUUACAGACCCUGAUUGCCAGGUUGUGGUAAUGGGUGCCACUAACCGUCCACAUGAUGUUGACAAGGCCAUCCUGCGCCGCAUGCCAGCUAUGUUUCAUGUUGGCUUGCCUAACCAGCAGCAAAGGGCUGGAAUUAUCAAGCUAGUGUUAGAGACAGAAGGGGUAAGCAAGGAUGUGAACAUUACAAAGAUUGCACGCCUCACUGAGGGGUUCUCAGGUAGUGACUUAAGGGAAUUGUGCCGUAAUGCUGCUCUUUACCGAGUUCGAGAUCUCCUGCGAAUUGAAAAGCAUCACGGAGGGGGACUCAAAGAAGUGUCUGAUGAUGAAGAAACGUUCCAUGAUGCACGGCAGUCUGGUGCAAAAGAAGGUUCAGAUGAUGAUGAAACGUUCCACGAUGCAUUGCGGCCUAUCUGCAUGGAAGACUUCACCAAUGCUCUGGCCAAAAUGAAGAACUCAAAAGUGCUCGCCCACCAGCGACACAGUGUCCCACUAGAAUUGGACUAGUACUUAUGUGGUCAUCUGUAAAUCCUGAGGAUUGUGUUGUUGCAUUAGUGUUUCCGACAUUAAUGCCCUACCAGAAGUGGACUGAACAAUGUGAACUGCUCGUUUAUU